AGACAGAGGGAGAGAGACAUGGCAACAAGCAGAACACGCGGGGAAGGGUCAGAGGAGCCAAAGGUGUUAUGGAACGAGACCCAACAUAGGUUUGAAACAGAAGACAAGAAAGCAUACCUAGAGUACGUGUUGAGGGAUGGGGGCAAAGUCAUGGACAUACUACACACCUUCGUUCCAUCUUCCAAGAGAGGCUUGGGCUUGGCUUCUCACCUCUGCGUUGCUGCCUUCAAUCACGCCAAAUCCCAUUCCUUGUCUGUCAUUCCCUCCUGUUCCUACGUGUCUGACACUUUUCUUCCGCGGAACCCAUCUUGGAACUCUCUUGUUUACUCAGAAGAGCCCAAAUCUAGUAUGUAAAAAUUUCAGCCUUUGACAUGCUAUUGAAGAUGUUUGUAAACUCAAGUGGAGGUUGUGAAGCAUUAUCUGUUGUCAACAUAAAUUAGUUUCUCUCAUUUGCAAAUACUCCUCUUCCGAGGGAGAUAUAUUUUCUGCCUCAAUCAUCCAGCAAAUAAUAUAUCAAGUCAUAAGUCUUUUCUUUGAGACUAUUGGAGUUUCACUCUCCUCCACUUGUGAUAAUAAUGGUAUAAUGGUAUGGGCUUCACUUAACGCCUUGUUUG